GAGACAGAGAGGGGGAGGGAGAGAGAGGUAGAGGGAGAGACUGAGUGAGAAGUCCAGACAGAGUAGGUCAGAACAGAGGAAGAAGAGAGUGAAAGCAAUAGAGAGAGACCACUUCUUGUUGUCUUCUUGCACACAGAGAUAUUUAACAAUGAAGCUCAUCUGCCUCUUGUUCCUGGUCCUGGUGGUUCUGUCUGUAGCCCAGGCAGCUCCUCGGGACUCCUCCAGGGUCUAUCCCACCGUACCCUCUCAACUCCAGCCCCAGACGCAGCCUCCAGCCGAGGCCAAGUCCCGUUUCGCUAUGCUGGACGAUGUCCGUCUCCUGGCCAACGGUUUGCUCCAGCUGGGUCAGAGCCUCAGGGAGUUCGUCCACAAGACAAAGGCCCAGAUUAACGAAAUCUUCCAGAAGCUGACCAACUUUGACCGCUCCUUCUAUCAGCUCUCCGUGGUCACCUCAGAGAUCAAGGAGGAAGAGGAGGAGCUAAAGAAGACCACCACGUUCCUGAAGGCCAACAACGAGGAGAUCCGGAACUUGUCACUGGAGAUCAACACCAAGAUCAAUAGUAUUCUGCAGGAGAGGAGCCUGCUGCAGAGUCAAGUAGGGGGGUUGGAGGAGAAGCUGAAGGGACUGUCUGAGAGCAUGAUGCCGAAAGAGCAGCUCAGUGAGAUCAAGUCACUCAAGGACGUGAUUGAGGCUCAGGAGACGACCAUCACUGACCUGCUGAAAGCCGUGAGGGAGCAGCACCAUCAGCUCAACCACCAGAAAACUAAGAUCAAGACUCUGGAGGAAAAGAUCAGCAUCAAUCAUUUCCAAGACACGACUGACAAAGCAAUGGGUUCCGACUCAGAGAACCCAGACAUGUUUGAGUACCUGACAGGCAACUCCACUGGUGAGGACACAGACCUACCCGUGGACUGCAGUGAUCUUUUUAACAGAGGAGAGAGGAACAGCGGGGUGUACCCCAUCAAGCCAAAUCAGUCUGAGCCUUUCAGUGUGUACUGUGAACUGACCUCCGGAGGAGGUUCAACAGUCAUCCAGCGCAGGGAGGAGGGGUCCGUGGAUUUUGACCAGACAUGGGAGAAGUACGAGAACGGAUUUGGGGAUCUGGAAAGAGAGUUCUGGCUGGGCCUGAUAAAGAUCCACAGCCUGGCUGGUCAGGGUGACUCUAUCCUGCGUAUUGAGCUGGAGGACUGGAAGGAGGAGAGGAGGUCAGUAGAGUACCAGUUCACCCUGGAGGGCCCCCAGACCCACUACACCCUCCACCUCACCCACCUGUCAGGUGACCUGCCUGACGCCAUGGGCAACCACACCAGCAUGAUGUUCUCCACCAUGGACCGAGACAACUACAACCACCAGGACUCAAACUGUGCCAAAAACUACACAGGUGGCUGGUGGUUCAACGCCUGUGGUGACACCAACCUGAACGGCAGGUACAUGUGGCUGAGGUCAAAGGGUCGUUCCAUGAGGAGGAAAGGGAUCCAAUGGAAACCUCUGGGCACCUCCUACUCCCUCAAGACCACCAAGAUCUCCAUACGACCCGCCUGAACCCGUCCCCCUCGCCUCAAGUUUCCACUAACCCUUCUAUUCCUUCCAUUACAACUCGUUGGCAUGGUGACAGAUAUGCCCCCCUCGCCCAGAACAUUAAAAUUGACCACCCCACCCUCCCAGUUACACAUUGUUGUCAUGGUAACAACAGAUAGUGCAGCUGGGUUGUUGGCAGCAGAAAAAACUACCAAUUCGUAUCUAUGUCAGAGAAUAGAAGACGAUUCGUCAGAGUGAUGCAACAACCGCAGUCAGCCGGUCAGUGACCUCACAAAUUUGUUCAAGAAACGCCAAUAAAGUUGGGUAACACCUGGGAGGGGUGGUCUGGGUUCCUAACCGACACGUUUUUGUUUGGUCAGGAUGGAAUGUCAGAUGAUUCAACACUUUCUGGUCUGGGCCAUAUCACAAUAACAGCACUGAAAAGUUAUUUUCAACUGACGGAUGAAAAAAAAAGAUUACAAAGCAAUAUAUAACCGACACACCACUCUGCUUUGGUAUAAUGAAUUAAGUGCAUGUGACAACGGCAUAAUCCUAACAGCCCUACUAUCUAAGCAUGUAUCGCUCUGUGUUGUAUUGCUGAAUGUACUAAAUAUCCACAAGUAAUUAGACCAAGAUCAACAUGAUGCAUAGGUCUUCCAAAGUAGGAUAUGAGUGUUUUCACGGUCUUUUGAACUUUAUACUGUAUUUAAAACAAUUUUCAUAAUGCUGUAUUAAAUGUGCUGCAAGCUUAGUUAUUUCCAUUGAUCAUAUCAUUGGGUCAUAUUGACUCCUCGUCUCCUGUCUACUCAGUCACCUUUCUACUGCAUUUAAACGGCUGUUACAUAUUUUAUGUUUCUUACUACUAAUACUUUAUAAUACCAUAUUUAUAAAGACAAAUAAAAUCAACAUACUCAAAACACAAAUA